GGGGAAGACGUGGAGAUGCUCCAGAAGCCCCGCCCGCCCUAGACCUUGACAACCCGUAUAUAAAGAGCGUCUUGGCCUGGGCCCAGCAGACAGCUCCUUCUUGGUGGGUCAACAUGAACGCUCUGACUGUACUCUGUAUUGCGGCUGCGGUGGCCUACAGCAGCGGGCAGCUUCUAACUUACUCUGGCCUGUAUGGUGGCUAUCCUGGGAUACAUGGCGCCUAUCCUGGGAUACAUGGCGCCUAUCCUGGUACAUAUGGCGCCUAUCCUGGUGUCUAUGGAGCCUAUCCAGGUGUGUAUGGCGCAUACCAUGGGCUCCUUCCUGCAGCUUCACCAAUUACAUUUAAAUCUGUGGCUGCUUCACCUGUCACAAUAAAGGCUGCUCCCUCUCCUAUCACCAUCAAUGCUGUAGCUCCAACACCUUUGACGUACAACGUGGCUCCUGUCGCUCCUGUGACUCCCGUCCAGUCCCAGUACCACGCCCAGGACGAGCUGGGCCAGUAUUCCUUCGGCUACUCCGGCGGUCCUUCAUCCCGAGCUGAGACUCGUGACGCCUUCGGCAUCGUCCGCGGGUCGUACAAUUAUGUUGACGCUAAUGGUAAGAUUCAGACCCAGCAAUAUGUGGCUGACGCCCUUGGUUUCCGUGUAGCUGGCACCGAUCUGCCCGUGGCACCAGAUGCCCCUCCCGCAACUCUAGGUUCCCUGCCAGAACCAGUACAGGACACUGCUGAGGUCGCCGCUGCUAAGGCUGCCUUCAAGACUGCUUAUGACGAAGCAGCGGCCGCCGCUGCUGCAGCUCCAGACACCCGCAAAAAGCGCUCCAUCUCGACCAUCCCAGCUCUCGGGGCUUAUUCUCCCCUUCGCUUCUCCUACGGGUUCAACGCUCCUUUGACUUACGCCCACGCACCUGUGAUAGGCUCUCCUCUCACUUACACAGCCGCCUUCCCUGGUCUCACCACCUACAACGCCGCCCCCGCCAUCACAACCUACAGAGGUGCUCCUGCCCUCGGUUACACUGCCGCAGUUGCCGCUCCUGCUGCUGCCCUCCGCGACGCUCAGCUCCUCCGAAUUGUGCACAACCCUGGGCAUGCUGUCUCCUACCGCGUGGACUAGGCGUCGCAGAGUAAAACUGUUCCCACUGUCUCCACUCAUGUGGUUAUGUGUUGUAGAGCAUCUGUCAUAGAUCACUUGAUGUUUGUUGGUUCUAAGGCAUCGCUGAAGAUUUAGUUUGAUUAAAACAUCGUCAAGAAGUUGAAUUCAAACUAUUCGAUUAAUUAAUGCAGUAUAAAUUGUUUAGUAAGCAUCAUACCAUCAAAAUCUUUAUGACUGACGUUGACGCACUCUCACAUGUACUUAUUGCUCAUGUUGACCUAAAAAUUUUUUUUUAAAUGAUAUAGUUAAAAUAAAUGAUUUCUGAAAA